UGAUCGACUUAUCUGUGCUCGACUACUCUGGUCUGCUCAUAGGAGUCGCGGGAAAUUGAAACUCAAUCGAUAGUCGAUUUAUCGAUCAUGAAAAUAAACUUCCCGUGUUCCCUCUCAGCUUCAGAGCUAAUGCCCAGUGAGCAGGAUGGAGAUAACUGUGGGAGAUGUUCUGCCCUGUGAGGACCAGCUGAAGACCACACUGCACUGUGAUGACAAGGAGAAGCUUCGCAGGAAGUUGGCACUAUUACAAAGGGAGUACCUCAAGACUGCACAGAGACUACAGCGUGCAGAGCGGUCAGAAGCAGUGCGGAGACAUGUGAGGAGCAGGAUUGAAGAGGAGAACAACCAGGAGCAGAGAGACUCAGAGGUGACAUCAAGUCCCUGUGUGAAUCCAGCUUCAGUGGCGCUAAACACCACAGAUGGGACAGUGCCAGGUUUACCUCAGUGCCAGGAAAACUGUGGAGGUGUUUUUCCUCUUCCAGCAGAUUCUGAGACCAGGAGAAGUCAAGUGAUUAGGUUCCUUCUCCCGUCUGACUCUGAUGCUGCUUUUCCACAAACACCUGAUCACAAGCAUGACACAGCGAGAGGUCACAGACCCAGUCCUGCUCUGAGUCUCAGGUCUCGACGCAGCCGCCUACGCCUGGAGAGAAGGAGUGCUGCUGAGGCUGGAAGGAGCGCAGACAACAGCGAGGAGGGACGGGAGCAGAGUGAAAAGAUGGCGACUCCUGGAGGUGAAGUGGCGGUCAAAACAGAAGAAGAAGCAGAGGUUGUGAAUGAAAGUGAAGAGCUGUUUUCUACUGCAGAAUCUGAGUCGCCCUCUCUGCUGCUCACACACUGGAACUCUGGUGGACAAACUGAAAAAGUGGAGGACAAGGAGACACAAAGGGUACAAGAGCAGAGGGAAAAGGAGACUAAAGAGGGAAAGAAAUCCAUCUCUGUGCUAAACAAAUGUCAGACUCCUGCUUUACACCCUGACAAAGGGGGGAAAGGUGGUCGACAAAAUGGGAAAAAUAGGGGGAGAGAAAGAGAAGAACAAAGUGAGGUAAGUGGGAAAAAGAGGGAUGGAAAGCUGUGUGAAGACAGCAGCAAUAAAAAGACUGAACAAACUGCACAAGAGACAAAAGAAAGGGAAAGAAGGCUUCAAAACACCCUGGAAAUAAAAGAAGAAAAAGGUGAUCUGGCUGUGAAGGAGCCGGAUGUAAAGGCUGUAAGUCUCCUUGACUCCUGCACUCUCGUGGAGGGACUCCUUUUCCCAGCAGAGUACUACGUCCGGACCACAAGACGUAUGUCCUCUUCACAGAGCCAGCCCAACAUGGAGGCCGUCAUACACACCCAGCUGAGCAUGAGGCGACCUCGCAGGAGCCGGGGCCGGGGCAGAGGACAGAACAAGGACACGCACAACCAUGAAGAGUCACAUAAACACCCUCAGACAGAAGCUCUGUCUUCACCUCUGGGUCCUUCUAUGGAAUCCUCCUCUGCUGGCACACCUGCUGAGCUGCACAGUCAGAGCUCCUGUGAGGUUCCAGAUCAAGCAGUCUCAGCUGAGGCUCUUUUUACUCCUAAAGCCGCUGCUGCUCGUCCAGCAAGAGGGAGGAGGGGGAGAAGAGGGAGAGGAAGAGGAAGAGGGAGAGCUCAGACUCCACGGUGCUCUCUCAGCUUAGAAACCAAUGAAAAACAAAUUCCUGAUGAUAUUCAUCUCACAAUCUCCCCAGCCUCUGCACCUGCAUCUCUUCAUGGAGAUGGAGAGCCAAAGCUCUGCCUCACUCACACACAGGCUGCUCCAGAGCCAGACCUCCCUGAGCCUGUCACCAUCCUCAGCUCAGCCAAACUUCCACCUGGCUCUGGAGGAAAUGGAGCUCAGUCUGAUUCUCCCUCAGGAGGUCAUGAAAAGGUCCAUCCCGUCUUUCUGAUGAGUGGCAGCACCACGAGACCCACACAGGAGGAAAGAGGCACAGCAAGCUGGCAGUCCCUCCUCCUGCCUUCCCCUCCACCCGCCCAAACAUCUCUGCUCCCUCUCCCCUCUCUGUCCUCCGGCCCGCUGAUGAACCACCUCCUCAACUUAGAUUACCCGCAAGACUUCCAUCUCCCCGACGAUCAGUUCGCCUCCCUCAAACUACACAAGCUCCGUAGAGUCUCUGCCGAGUCAGGUGUAGAACACUUCACAUCACCGUCCUCCAACACGUGCAGCAGCAUCCAGCACCCUGACGCUCCCCACAGCCCAGUGAUGCUUCAUCCAACACCGCUGAGCCUCACGCCUGAGAUUACAGAUUCAUCACAUCCAGCUGGAGUGAAACAAGCUGCUGCACGGACCGGAGACCUCGAGGACUUGUUGAUUCAGCAGCCGGCUGUCCAAGAUAACCUCAAAGAGCAGAAAACUGACGGUCAGACUCACACCAGACCAACAGAGACUGCUUCAGUGGUUCAAGAUAGUUCUGAUCAACAUAAAGAGAAAGAAACUGUGAUUAUAAACACUCAUAGACCUGUUGACUCGCCUUUAAAACCACAGCCCAGCCUUCACUUAGCAGACAGUCCUGCAGGAAACGUCAACGCUAAUGUUCUUAUGCAAUCAGUGGAACUUCAAAUUCCACAGCCUCAGCUCAUUUCACUGCAAGAACCAACACACCGUCCUGGUUUUGCUCAGAAUUUGGAGGGUCAGAAGUUUCCAGAUCACCAAACCAAAACAGAAGACAAAGAUGUCAUCAGGACACUUUCCUUCGAUUCCCCACGACAGAAUACUCUUGAAGAACCCUCUAGAAACUUAACUAAGUCUAAUCAGUCUCCUGCGCAGAAUCUUAAUGUGAACUCUCCUGUCCAACACUCAAAAGAGUCCCCUAAACGCACCACAAGUCCUCCUAGAGACCUUAGAGUCGACACCCAGCUCCUGCUGAGUCCUCUUCUCGCAUCAGCUCCGGGUCGUUUCACGACUCCAGGCCUGCCCCCAUCUUUACUCGAUUCCAGCCUCACUCUGCCGUUCUUAGGUCCCACUCCCUGCCCUGUUCCUUCUGCUCCGCCUAUGACAUCCUCCCCCUCCGCCCCAGUUCUCUGCCUGCCUCCUCCUCACAGCCCUUCCACCCAGAAACUUUCCCCUCCACCUCUCUCCCCCUGUAUGGCCCACAUUUUUUUCCCUCCUAGUCAGCCCCAAAGCUCCUCCGGGGCUCCAUCCGAGCUGCCACAGAGGGUUCCACCUGCUGCCUGUCCUCCUGUCUCCAGCGUCCAGGAUCAGGUUGGAGUGAGGAUCGAGGAGACAGCUGGGGAACACACCUUAAGAUGCUUACACACUCUAAAGGCCCCAGCAGGAGGCUGCUUGGUGGAUGCGUGUUGUCUGACCGAACCGUCAGGUGGUUUGUGUGUAGCAGCAGCUGGCAAGUGGGCCGUUUGUCUCUGGAGUCUAACCGCAGCUUCUGAUUGGAGCCUGACACACACCUGGGCCUUCAAUGAGCCUGUGAUUAAUGUGUUUCCUGUCCCGGAUGCUGCUGGCCUCCUGUGUGUGACUCUCGGUCAGCUGGAAAUAAGAGAAGUGAGGAUGCUGUCUUGCUCCAGCCUCUCUCAGGUGUUGCUCUGUGACGGGCUGUUCCAGGCUGUCGUCGGUGUAUCCGGGUCCAGAGUUGUCACCUCCUCUCACUCAGCCCCUGGCUCCACCCUGCAGGUGUUCAGGCUCUCAGAGAGCAGCAGCACGCCCUCCUCUCAGCCUCUGGUGUCUCCUGGUGUUUGUGUCGGGGCGCUCGCUGCAGUGGACGGGCUCACUGAUGCUCUGAUCGGCACGGAUGAGAGUGGGCGUCUUUUCGUCUGGAAUUUAAAGACAGGACAGCUGCUGAAGAGAAUCACCCUGACUGAUGGUUUAUCACACACUGCCUGUCUCAGAGGAUACUCGUACUGUGGAGUGUUAUUUGUGCUACUGCAGCAUCACUUACUCAGCUCCCUGGAGGAGGAAGAAAGAGAGGCCAAAGAAAAAGAUCAAACGUGUCCAGAGGAUGAAGAGAAGAGGAAGAAGAGCGCCCUGUUCUCUUUGGUUGCUGUUAACCCUCUAACUGGAAGAUCCGUCCUUGCGACUCAGCUGUAUCCCCCCAAAGCGUGGUCCGGCAGGUUGUGUGAAGCCGACGUCAGCAGCUCCAGCGUGGUGGGUCUCAGCCAGAGCGGCUGUGCGUGUGUGUGGCAGCUGGAGCGACGGGGGGCCUCCACCAUGAUGUGGGCCACAGAGAGUGAAGGCUGGCAGCUGGCUAGAUGGGGAGGAGGAGGCACACUGGUGACAGGACUUCUUAACGGAGAUGUUAGUUUACACCGCUACAGCAGCAGUCAGACUACACUCCUCAACUAGCAUUGAAGUCUGAGUUACCAAACAUAAAGAGUCAAUGUUUGCAUGAAGAUUUUAACAUGGCUGCACUUCAGAGACUCCUUUUAAAAUACGUCCUCACAAGAGGUUCUGUGGCUUCAGUGAUGAUGCUUCAUUAGGCUAGUUCAGCAGAAGUCUCUCUUUAACCCACUAUGAGUAACAAGCCAUGUCUCUACUGUAAGCUGAACAUACUGUUGAAGGUUCAGUGCCUCUAGAUUGUGCUUGUUUUCUUCAACACUGUUUUAAGAGCACGACUUCUUUUUGUGAAGACGUCUACCUGUCGGUGGAAUUUUCUCUUUUAAACUACUGAGACUUCAGUCUUAGAACCACUGUUGUGUUUUAUACUGCUGCUGUUUGCUUCCUGCUGUUCAGAUGUAUACUGUUAUAUUUCAUAUAUUUAAAGAAAACCAAAGUUUGUUUUUAUGAACAUUAAAAGUUUGUGAAUCCUGUUUAA